CUCUAUCGCCUCGUGUACAAGUGCAAACACCCAGGCUGGAGCCCUAGAGCUCACUCGUCGCUCAGCUGGCAUGGCAAUGGCAUAUCUAGUCUAGCUCUAUAUAAAGUGGAGGCCGAGCUGAGUUUCCGCAGGCGAUCAAAGUGUGCCACUCUCGCAUCGUCUCUUCUUCCAGUCCUCACCUGCUGCUACUGCUAGCUCCCCCAACCCGGAAGGUGCGUUUCUGUCAUAUACUUACUGUAGAUGAUGAAAAAGCAGAGGGGCUCUGGAGGCGGGGGACUCAGCAAGGUUGCGAGGGAGCACAAGGCCAGGCUCUAUAUCAUCCGCAGAUGCGUCGUCAUGCUCCUCUGCUGGCACGACUAGUAGCUACUACCAUUAGCCGAACAUGACCAAUAAUCCUUUCCGGCAUUGUAUAUAGCUCAUAUCUAUUUGGAGGAUGAACAUCUCAGCACUAACUACUAUACUACUUUGAGUUUAAUUUCUCCAUCUGCUUUUUUUUUUCUUUCUUUCUUUCUAAUUUUGUUUUGACUAGCGUAUAGUAUAUAGCUAGAGUCUUUUAGUCAUAGUUCUGUAUAUGGCUAUUUCUAACUGAUGGUACCUUACUGUAUGAACUCUGCCUCCUAUCCACUAAUUAACUACUCGAUUCAAUUCCCUUUAUUUCUUUGCCUAAUUUGUGGGGCCUUGUUUCAUAUUCAAGGACAGAUGCCCCAAGCCAUAUGUGAAUAAGUGAAUUUAAUCCACGUUUGUACUCUCUUUAAUCUUUUGCAAGAGAUUCAACAUGAUAUCCCUCACAGAUUGAAAUCUCUUUAACUGAACAUAUCAUUUUGUGUGCUCUCUCUUUCUCUCGAGGCUAGGUCAUUGCAACAUAUAGCUAAGGCCUGUUUGCCUCCACUACUACAGAAUUGGUUUGUAAGAGCCAGGGUACUUCCACUUAAGGGCGGCUGGUGAUAUAACCGCCCUUACAGUGGAUUUUUCAUCAGCACCUGGCUUCUUGAUCACGAGUCGCCCUUACAAAUACCACAAUAAGGACGGCUGGUAACACGAGCCGCCCUUACAAAUGGCUGCAUUUGUAAGGGCUGUUGUUGACCCAGCCGCCCUUACUUUGGGAUUUGUAAGGGCGGCUCGUGAUCUAGCCGCUCUUACUGUGGUAUUUCUAAGGGCGGCUGGUGAUUCAGCCGCCCUUACAAAUCACGGCUGUAUAUAUGUUGCACCAUUCUUCCUCCUCGGGUCACUCACUCCAACCCGAUGAGAUAAGGUUGGGAGGCCUUGGGCACCUCCUAAAAAUUGCUCUAGUGAGGGGGGAGGUUUUGGUCUCAAAAACUAUGAUGGGAAGCUUGGAAAAGAUAAGAAAAUGCUAUUCCAACACUUUAAUUAAAGUUUUAGAGGUUGGUUAGUGAGUAAUUUGAGUUUUGCUUUUCUCUCUCUUCCAUGGUGCUUGAGCUUUGUAUGGAGCAAAUUAGACCCUUGUUCUUAAGCUAUUAGUUGGAAUUAGUUAGAGAUAUGAGCUUGCCCUCUUUAUUAGUCGAUCUUGCUUGAUUUUAGUGGUGAUAUAUUUCACUUUAUCAUGUAUGUGUAGAUCUAGUUCUAGAUCUAGGAUUUGCUUUUUAAUUUUUUUUAUUUAUGGUUCAUGAAAUUAGAAUGGUUUGGAUAUGAAAAAUUGUUGGUAAAAUAAUAAUUGUUUCUAAUUGUUGACAAUGAAACUAUAUAUAAGUUUAUUUAUACAAUUAUAUUUUAAUAAUUGUUGCUAAUUAUUGUUGAUUGGUAAAAUAAUACUUGUUUCUAAUUUCUUUUCUAAAUAUUUAGUUUCAUUAAUAGCCAACUAAUUAAUAUAUAAGUUAAUAUUUUCACCAUUUACAACUUUAUAAUCAAGAAUAGCCAACUAAAGAAUUAUCCUCUACCAUGAGUAUAAGUAUGUAUACACAAUUAAUCUCUAGUUUGUAGUUUUCUUCAUUAAUUUGUUUUUUUAUGUAUUUUGUAUUUUUGUUUUGUUGUUAAUUGUUGCUAAUUGGUAAAAUAAUACUUGUUUCUUAUUCAUUUUUUAAAUAUUUAGUUUUAUUAAUAGCCAACUAAAUAAUUAUCCUCUGCCAUGAGUAUAUACACAAUUAAUGUCUACUUUGUAUUUUUCUUCAUUAGUUUAUUUUGUUUUAUGUAUUUUGUAUUUUUAUUUUAUUUUAAAAGACGGAGUAUAGGAACUCUUGGAUGUAUGGUUGGUCAAGGAUUGAUGAAGGUUUUCGCGAUGAGGUGGAUAAAUUUAUUGAAGCCACAGAGAAGCAUGCAUUAACAUUGACACAUUAUAAGGAUACAAUUAUUUGUCCCUGUAAAGAUUGCAAGAACCUUAUGGCAUUUGCAGAUCUGAAUACCAUUAGAUCACAUCUGAUUAUGCGAGGAUUUGUUUCGAACUGCACAGUGUGGACUCAUCAUGGCGAAACAACGGUUAUUGAUGAUGGCAACUUUGAUCUAGGAGAUGCCGCCGAAGCCGAGAGGUAUAUGCACCAAUACACAACUGAGCUUAAAGAAGAAAUAGGCUAUGACUAUGGCAAUGGAUAAGGUGGUCAGUACUUUGGCAAUCAAGAUGGUGCUAAUGAUGCUGGUGAUGUCGGCACUGAUGGAGGAGCACGUGAGGGGGAUGAAGAUGACUUUGACAAUUUAUAGGACAUGAUUCGGGCGAUUGGACUAGAAAUAUUACUGCGGAAUAAAGGUGUAGAAAAUGUAGAGAGGGUGAAAAAAGCAUCGAUGGAGACUGUGUACAGUGUUGAGAAGGGUUGUCCGACCCAUUGGACACUGCUCUGUUUUGUGCUUGAGCUACUUAUCUUGAAGGCAAAGUACGGCUGGUCUGACUGCAGUUUCAAUGAUC